AUGCCCAAGCCCGAGCCCGUGUCAGUGACCACGAACAAGAAGCCAAUAGAGAACAAUCAGAUAGCGAAGAAUCCACAAUGGCAAAAGGCCUUCCUCGUCUCCACCUGUGAUCUACAACACCUCCACGAGAGUACUGAUGAUGGUGGUAUCGAAUUAUAG